CUUUGUGAUGGGGGUUCCCUGCCCCAGAUUGCAGGGGUAAAACAAUAAAUAGAACCUAUCACUUUAAAACUUCAAUCUCUGGUACAGCAGAGAUCGUAAACUGUUAGCUAGUUAGUGAAGCGAGGGAACUAGCACUGUAUAAACCAGGGCUAUUUCAGAACAGUUUACAGCUGGUUACUCGUAGAUAUUUAUUACAAAUAAUUCUGUCUACAUAGAUAGGUCUUUUAUAAGCACUUAAUAUUGUUUACCAAAGAAAUGGUGAUGGAGAAGCCAAGUCCCCUGCUUGUAGGGCGGGAGUUUGUGAGGCAGUAUUACACACUCUUAAACAAGGCACCAGAUUUCCUGCACAGGUUUUAUGGGAGGAAUUCUUCUUAUGUUCAUGGAGGACUUGACCAAAGUGGGAAGCUGGCAGAAGCGGUGUACGGGCAAGCGGAAAUCCACAAGAAGGUCAUGUCCCUCCAGUUCAGUGAGUGCCACACAAAGAUCAGGCAUGUGGAUGCCCAUGCCACACUGAGUGAUGGGGUGGUGGUGCAAGUCCUGGGAGAACUGUCCAACAAUGGUCAGCCCAUGAGGAAGUUUAUGCAAACUUUCGUGCUUGCGCCAGAGGGUUCAGUGGCGAACAAGUUCUACGUCCACAACGACAUCUUCCGUUACGAGGAUGAGGUCUUUGGAGACUCUGAAGCUGAGCUUGAUGAAGAAUCAGAGGAGGAAGUUGAAGAGGAGCCAGAGGAGAGGCAGCCAUCCCCUGAGCCACUUCAAGAAAGCCCCAACAGCACCACCUAUUACGAACCUCACCCUGUCACCAAUGGAGUCGAGGAGCCCAUGGAGGAGCCGGCUCCAGAACCCGAGCCAGAGCCUGAACCAGAGUCCAAAGUAGAGGAGAUAAAGCCGGAAGUAGAUGAGAAGGUUCUGGAAGAGAUGGAGGAGAAAGCACCGUCACCGGUUCCUGUGGAGUCCCCACCAAACACCCAGGAGCCUCCCAAGACUUUCUCGUGGGCCUCGGUGACAAGUAAAAACCUGCCUCCUAGUGGCACAGCCGCCUCUUCUGGAAUCUCCCCCCAUGUUGUUAAAGCUACGAGCUCACAGUCCAGAGUUGAAGCCAAGACAGAGACACAGACACCACCUCUACGGACCAGAGACCAGCGCACACGUGACAGACCGGCCUUCACUCCUCGGGGUGCCAGGCCUGAUGGUGUUGCAUCUUUGGAGUCACAAACGGGGAAACCACACUUGAGUUUUGUUAACAAAGGUGGCAGGGGAGAUUCUGAAUCUGGUGACAUUGAUAGCAGGCGGAUUGUCCGGUACCCAGACAGUCACCAGCUUUUUGUUGGCAACCUCCCACAUGACAUUGACGAGAGCGAGCUCAAAGAGUUCUUCUUGACAUAUGGAAAUGUUGUGGAGCUGCGGAUCAACACCAAGGGCGUUGGUGGGAAGCUGCCCAACUUUGGAUUUGUGGUCUUUGAUGAGUCUGAACCUGUGCAAAGAAUCCUGGGGGCCAAGGUACAAGGGCCCAUCAUGUUUCGAGGCGAGGUGCGUCUGAAUGUGGAAGAAAAGAAGACUAGGGCGGUGCGUGAACGAGAGACCCGUGGCGGCGGAGAAGAACGUCGGGACAUGAGGCGCAACGACCGGGGCCCUGGAGGUUCGAGAGGCAUCGUGGGAAGUGGAAUGAUGCGAGAACGUGACGGGAGGGGACCACCACCUCGAGGCGGCAUGGCCCCGAAACCUGGCAUGGGAUCCGGAAGAGGCUCUGGUGGCCAGGGAGAGGGUCGCUUCACAACCCAGCGCCGCUGAGAAGAGCACCACCUGCAGUGUGGAAGUAGUACCGCGUUCUUCAUCUUCAACCGUUCUCGUUAACGAAAAGAAAUCUUCAUGUAUAAGCGUAUAUAUUUGUUUUUUUUUUUUAUUUUUAUUUUUUUGUUCCCUCUUUGCUUUGGAAUGUGACACAGCCUGUCAACCUUUGUUUGUGAAAUAGACAAAACAAAAUAAGCAAACAAAAAAAUUCACUUAUUAGUUGUGAGCUGAGCAUCCUUUUCAGGUAUCUCAAGAAUUCACAAACUUUAAUUUGUAAAUUUGUGAAAAAAGUCGAACCAACCAGGAGUAAUCUGCCACAUUAGGAGGGACUGAUGGGACUUUUAACUACGAUAAUACAGCCCAUCAUUUGGAAAAGAGAUUAUAUGCCUUGACUUAACUGGGGCGCUGCUUCACGAAAUCCCUCUAUUGCACAUUUUAUAUGGUAGUUUUCUGCCCGUUACUGUUGGAAAAGAGUGAGAUGCAAAAUUUGUGCAGUUCCAGGGGAAAAGCUUGCCUUUUACUUUUUUCCUUUUGAGAGACCACUGCUUCAAAAUUGCAUAAUGCACUCAUCAAUAUGCACUAAUGGGUACUUUUUGUCGUAUUACAUUGACAUCCAUGCUCAGAAUGCAGCUGGAGAGACCUGUUUUGUCUCAAAGCGAUGCGACUUUCCGGGGCAGACCUCGCUCACAGCCUGUCUGCUGUGACCAAUGUACUUUUCACACUUUUGACCCGAAACUACGCUUCGAUUACUGGCUGGAUGGACAAGAUGACAAGCAAAUCUACAUUAUAUUUUUCCUCAUUUAUAAAUCGAAUAAAAAUAUAAAAAAGCUCAAAUCCUGGACUUUCACCAAAUGAGUGGGGGGGGGGGACAAAGGAUACACAAGAAACGAAGUUGAACAAUAUAAGAGUGGUGGCUCGCUCUGUUUUUUUCUUUUGAUUUCCAAGUUUGUUUUUCUUCAUGUUUUUCCCUGCCAGCUAGACCGCAAAACUGGGAUGGACGACACCUUCCCUCUCUCUUCCCUCCCUUCCUCUCGGAGUAACAGAAUAAAUGUACAGCAAAAAUCAUAGUUUACUGUAUGUUUUGUUUUCUGUGUAUUUUUUUUUAUUUCUCUCUCGACUUGAUAAAAGCAUGAAUGGUGCCUUCUAUUUCACCUUUUCCAGUCUUAGUCCCCAAGCAGUUUGGGGCAUUCUGCCUCCUAACACAGAGCUGCUCAUUUUGAACUAUUGUUUUUGGGAGCAAAUAGGAGAAAAAAAAAUUGCAGUGUUCACAAGUUUUAAGUUUUUUCAGGUGCAUUUUUCACCUUUUUUUUCAUUUUUCCAUACUGUUUUACUACCUAAGAUGAUCUGCUGUGAGUUUUGUGCAUUUGUUUUGUAUUUUGUCUGUUCUUGGGUUUUGUAGAGACAAUAGGUGCCUCCAGUUCUAUUCGAUGUUAAAUGGUUAAGAGGUGCAUCUGAAGAACAAUUACACCCCCCCCCACCCCCCCCCCAAAAAAAAAAAGGUACAUCAAAGAUGUUGGCAGUGAAAUGCUUGCUCAUUGGUUUAAGAAGUCGUAGCUCUACACAACCGGGAUUUCAGUGAACUAAGGUUACAAGAACAGAAAUAGUAAAAGUCUCACAAUGUGACUCAGAUUCUGUUGAUCCUUACUUUCAGUCUGACCAUAGUUUUUGCAACUAAUGGCAAAAAAGUUGUCGGACUGUUCAUUUCUCAGCAACGAUUUUGUAAUGAUCUGUGUGGGUGGGCUGGCCGUAGUACCAGCCUACAGACUAGCAAAUAAUUGUGCUCACUUUUCUAGCCGUUUAUGCAUUUGUAUUUUCAUAUGCUGAUUAUUCAUUGUGCUUUAUUUUUAUUCAUUUAUUUUUUCCAUUCAAGGCAAGUCUGAUCUGAACACCAUACUAGUCGUCUCUCUCUUGCCCUCUAGUUUACUUUCUUUUUACCACUCUGUAGGGAGGGAAGACCUUUUGGUUUCAGCAGGAAAGGAAAACUUUUUUUUUUGUUGCACUGAACUGGGAAGUGAUAUCGAUGUAGCAUUUUUCUUGACUAAAAUACUCAUGAGGUCUUCCUUGUCUGGUGGUAUUGCACUAUUUUCAACAUUUACUGGGACAAUCUGUCAUUUUGAACACACUCUCCAAAUUUGUCAUCUGGCAGUCAAAAAAGAAAAUAUUAGCGCUCAUCUUGUUAUCAACAUGAACAGAAAAUUAGCUCUCUCGCAGUUAAAAACAAGAUUUGAUGUACAGACAUGGCAUAAUUUAUGUAGUUUUCCACAGCAAUGCUCGCUUACUGUCCCUUUGUAGUCGAGAUUAAAUAAUUUCCGAUGUGAGAUUAGUUUUCAAUAGGGAGACACUUAAUUUGUUACCAUCAAUCUUAGACUUGAUAUUCCAAAAAAAAUUACAGCUCUUUGGUCUUUGUUUCUCAUGGGUGCCUCUACACCGAAUGUUUAUUUGUCAGGUAAUUGCUUAACCUGAGUACUUGACUGCAUUCAUACUUUUUACAGCAGUGGUCAAUGAAGAGGGUGACGAAGAAGAGGCAUCAUGCUUUCAUACCAAUUUGUGCUUUUACAUCGUACUGAUGGUUAAAUGUUUGAGGAUAUAAAUUUACAGUUGGAUAGUUUUUUUUUUUUCACCAAAGUUUUCCAUUACCCACCUUUUCCCAAACUUUUAAAGGGUCCUCAAAAGAGAAAAAAAUUCUGUAAAUUAAUUUUCCUGUGGUUGAAAACGCAGUAGAAUGGAUCCUCAUUGUGUAUCAUUCCAGUCCUUUUUGAAUGAAAAUAGAAGUACUUUCUUGGCUUUAGAAGUGGUAAACAGUUGGCAGCCAUCUUAAUUUUACUGUGGUUACCCUUGUUACUAGUACAAAAGUGUUGCAGGUGGAGAUUCUUUUUGGUUUUGUUCUUUUUCUUUUUCCUUUUUUUUUUUUUUUAAUGUGUUGGACUUAACAUACAAUAAACUACUGAUAUCAGCA